CCUACAGGGCUCAACAACGAACGGUCUGACGAAAAAUUGGCUCUGUUUUUUCACUACACAGGCUGCCGGACCUGCUGUGGUUUUCCUGCACUCUUCUUUCAGAUUUCCGGUUCUUUAAUGCUUAUUUCCCACAGGGCCGUAUGCGUUCCAGCGCAGGCGCAAGAGGCGGGUAUUGUGACUCUUCAAUCAGUUAACGCAGAUGGGGCGGAGCGAGGCUUCACUAAGGGCUUUGGUUUGACACGGGAACGGUGACCUGAGCUUGAAGGGUUUUACAUUGCAGUUUCAAAGACCCCGUGUCAUAUUGUUUUGAGUGGGUGACGGGUUGUUGUGGAAUGUGGUCGACGGCUAACCGGUUUACAGCACGAGUGCACAGAUGUUUAUAUUACUUGAAAACGAUACAGAAUGAAUCUCUUCAGUCCUCUGUUUGUACGAAAAGAUGUGUUGCCUCCUCUUCAUCUUCUCACAUCACUACUCACUAUACAAUCCAUCCUCGAGAUAAAGAUUCACGAUGGGAAGGGGUCAACAUGGAGCGGUUUGCAGAUGAAGCUGAUGUAGUGAUAGUAGGUGGAGGACCUGCUGGUCUGUGUGCAGCAAUCCGCCUUAAACAGUUGGCCGAAAGACAUGACCAGGAAGUACGAGUAUGUUUGGUGGAGAAAGCUGCACAGAUAGGUGGACAUAUCCUGUCAGGGGCUUGCCUGGAUCCAAAAGCUCUCAUUGAGUUGUUUCCAGAUUGGAAAGACAGAGGGGCUCCACUACAUACACCAGUAAAGGAAGAUGCAUUUAGUAUUUUAACAGAGAAAUACAGAAUUCCAGUUCCACUGUUACCAGGUCUUCCCAUGAGGAACCAUGGAAAUUACAUUAUUCGUUUAGGACACUUGGUUAGAUGGUUAAGUGAACAGGCAGAAGAACUUGGUGUGGAAUUGUACCCAGGGUACGCAGCCUCUGAGAUUUUGUUCCAUGAAGAUGGAAGUAUUAAAGGGAUUUCUACCAAUGAUGUUGGUAUUCAUAAAGAUGGAUCUCCAAAGGACACAUUUGAAAGAGGAAUGGAACUUCAUGCCAAAGUCACGAUAUUUGCUGAGGGCUGCCAUGGACACCUUGCCAAGCAAUUGUACAAACAAUUCAAGCUAAGGGAGAACUGUGAACCACAGACGUAUGGUAUAGGAUUAAAAGAGGUAAAAAAAAAAAAGUUUUGAAUUUCCCCAUGGAA